ACCAGCGGCGGAUCCGUCCCGGACGGCACCUGGCCCACCAGCGCCGGCACCGUCCAGUUCGCUGAAGCUCGCAUCGUCAAGGCUGGCGAGGUGUUCGACGGCAAGAUGAAGACGUACGAACGCUCCGACGUCUCGUGCGAGGGUCAAACCGAGAGCGGCGCCGACACGGCCGUGUUCAAGAUGGAGCCCGGCUCGACGCUCAAGAACGUCAUCAUCGGCAAGAACCAAAUGGAGGGCGUCCACUGCGAUAAGCACGACUGCACCAUUGAGAACGUCUGGUGGGACGACGUGUGCGAGGACGCGCUGAGCGUCAAGGGCGGCACCGCCUCCAGUGUCACGACGGUCACGGGCGGCGGCGCUCGCUCGGCCGACGACAAGGUCAUCCAGCACAACGGCUUCGGUACCGUCAAGAUCGACGGCUUCUACGGCGAGGACAUCAGCAAGCUCUACCGCUCGUGCGGCACGUGCGGCGACAAGCAGCGCAAGGUGGACGUGUCGAACGUGUACAUCGUGAACCCGGACAACGCCGUGGUGACGGUCAACAAGAACUGGAAGGACGAGGCCACGCUGAGCAACAUCUGGGUCAAGUCGAGCGGCAAGAAGGUGAAGAUCUGUCAGUGGUCGCAGGGCAACGCCGACGGCGAGCCUUCGAUGCUGGGCGACGGUCCGUCGCCUCCUUUGUGUCAGUACUCGGAGAGCGACAUCCACCUGAACCAGGACGUCCAAACAGCUUCCAAGUCUACCGACGAGAACAAUGGCGGCGGUGACGAAGAGCAGAAGACUUCGUCCAAGUCUUCGAACGGUGACAACAAGGAGGAGAGCAAGGACAAUUCAUCGAAGUCGUCGAAGGGUGACGACAAGUCGGAGAAGAAGGAGUCGGGCUCCAAGCAGGAGCAGGAGGUCUCGUCCGAUGAGAGCGUCAUGCAGUCGGAGAUUGGCGGCGAGGCUGACCCCACGGCAGUCAAGUCGGACGCUGCUACCAAGGAGUCCAUGUACACGUCGACUGCCACGACUUCCACUUCCAAGUGCAACAUCCGCCGCAGGAGGAACUAA